AUGUUCGAUUGCAAACUCCACUACAUCAAUAUACUUCCCCACUUCAACGGGAGGUCUAACGAUGAACCGUACACGCAUUUGGCGGAGUUUUCAUCUACAUGUAGCACAAUCGGGGGGCAUAAUUUUGCGUUGGAAGAAGUCAAGCUUCGGUUAUUUCAGUUUUCGCUAAAAGACAAGGCGAAACAAUGGUUUCUUACACUUCCGGCGAAUAGUAUUCGAACAUGGGGUGAGAUGCAACAAGUAUUCCUUGACGAAUAUUACUCGAUGGCAAAGACCGAUGAUGCUAGAGAUGAAAUAAGGUCUUUCCGUCAACUAUUAAGUGAACCAUUGCAUGAAGCAUUCACAAGGUACAAGGAAUUGAUUCGAAAAUGCCCACAUCAUCAAAUUGAAAAGUGGGAGUUGGUUAAAUGCUUUGUGAGAGGAUUGGAUGACGAGACAUGGAAUCGCCUUGAGUCAACGAGCAAUGGAACUUUAUUAAGCAAUCACGAGGAUGACGAUUGGGAGUUCCUUGAAAGGAUGAGUAAAAGGUCAAAAGCGAAAGAGUCGGCCGAUCGAGCAAAAAAGCACCCCACCUCAAGGUCUUGGCCCGAUCGUGAUGCGAAUUCUAGGGAUCGAAUUGAAACGUUAGAGCGAGAGUUGGCUCGCAUGAAGAAAAGGGAAGUGAAUGUGGUGCAAUACAUCGUAUGUGAAGAAUGUGGAGACAUCGGUCACCGGACUGAGAAUUGUCAAGCCACCGUAGAGGUAAAUCAAGUGUAUGGGGACCGAAGGCAAUAUGAUAUGAACUCCAACACUUACCACCUCGGGUUGAGGAACCAUCCUAACUUUAGGUAUGGUAAUGCCUCCAACCAAAUGAACCCGAAUUUUCAAUCGGGGAAUCAAGAUUUACAUAUGUAA